GCCGACCACCAUCGGGUCCAAUCAAGUCAGUCGGUGUCGAGUGCGUAAUCGGUACGGUCGGGUCAAAAGGUGCUCCUGAUAAAUUUAUGGAACGUGAUACACAAAUCAAGGCAAACUAAAAUGUCGCGUCGAUUCACAUGUUGAAUGCCGUUAGGUCUAACUCGAAUUUGAGGUUUAAAAUUUAGUGAAAUUAGGAAUUUAUUCCGAAGUGUUUGGAAGUAUCCAGUAGGUGGUAAACGAAAUAAAUAUUCACAGACUGUGUCUAUAGCUAGACUUGCUGAAGAGAGAGAGUAGUUGUUUCGGCGGCAAACAAAUAUACGGUGUCGCAUUGUUUGAACCAAAUAGUGGCCAACUAAUAUUCGUUUUGGUGAAAUUGAUGGAUUAUAAUGAAGAGCAUCAAAAAUUGAAUCAGUGAUUACUAAACCCAACGAAAACGUGAUCAACGAUUUCUAACGAUCGGCAGCUAUAUGUUGAAACACAUAACGAAAUUGCCUAACCUUGGAAAAUAAAGUUAGAUGUAGUGCAUUGUAGUGUUUUCAAAGUUUAAUAGUGUAUGAAAAUCAAAAUUUAAUAAGCAGAUAGCAGCGCUACAUAUCCAAUUUCCAACACAACAGAUAAUUCAUCAAGCAUCGAACAACUCAUGUUAAAUUCAGCUUAUCAAGAAACCUGGUUAAUGAUUUCCACGAAAAAAUAAAAGAGACUUUUCCUCAGGUGAAAGGGAAAAAAUUAAUAUUCCGAGCUCGUUAAAAUGUUUAAAUUGUUGAAUGAAGUGGAAAUAACUCGCUGAAUGUAUGUGAUCCGACAUUUUCACGCUCUAGAUUAUGCUUGCUCGGAAAAUCACACGUUAUGCGUGAGAGAUGUGACAAGAGGUAGUUGAGGUGAAUCGAUUCAUCGUGAUUGCUGAAGCGCUCCUAAGCAAAAGUGCAUCCAACCUCAUUACGAUGCAAGUUAUAAUCUUAAAAUACGUACAAGUGCUGUGCAUAACAGUGUUUUUCUCAAAUAAUAUCAACUGCGAUAAACUACUGGUGCACAAUGAGCACGAAGACCAACAGCUGUACCGGAUUGCGUCUUGUGCGGCACAAUGUCUGGCGGAAGGAGGUUCCCAUAAGUCCUUGGGGUUAUGCUACAAACUGUGCUCAGAAGGCAAGAUAGAGCUCGAAUCGGAACUUGUACAAAAUUCCGAACUGGACUUCAGUAUCCAACUGAUUUGCCGAGAUAGCACUAGCCUGGUAAUAGAAAUCAACCGAGAUCAGCUGCAAAAGCCUCCCAAAUCGAGCACAUCUUCAAAUACCAGCAAUGGAAUACACCAGUAUGACCCAAAGGCUAAACGUCCCGGAAACAGAGAUAGUAGCUAUGGCCACCUACAACGAUCGAAGCGAAGCAUUGCCAGAAGUGACUCGAGCUUGCAAAAUCGUUAUGAAAACAUUUCCGGCAGUAGAAAUGAAAACUAUCAUACUGACCAUUUGUCUUCCCACGAUCGAAAUCCUGGUUUGGGACGAAAUGCACCGCAUGCAAAACCAACCCACUACGUUUACUUGAUUAAAGUGCAAGAAAGUGGACACGAGCUGGGCGACAGGACAGUCUACAUGACCAAUGCAUCGAUUGUAAAAAUAGAAAACCUAAUGCCGAACAAGCGGUACAACAUAACAGCGACCGUCCUCACCUCUAACCGCGAGUAUGUUUACGUCGGAGAGCGGCCACAGUUUAGGACAUUGUCGGAUGAUUAUACACCGGGAAACAUAACCAAAAUUGACAUCAUUGAUUUCCGUACCAAUAACCAGGACAGUGAAAAGUUGGAUGCUCUCGUUACGUGGCAGCCGGCGCCAGAUAAAACUUGUCACUAUGAGAUCCUGUACCACGCAAGCCAUUUACAGGAUUAUCAUUCUAAGACGGUGGAUGUUCAGAAGGAGUUGUACAAACAUACCAUAACAGCUUUGGAGCUCAACUCAGAGUACUAUUUGGGAAUCCGAGCAAAAAACAUUCGUAAUUCCUCGAAAGAAAGUGAACUGAAGUGGCACACGUUUCACACACCUAGUUGUGUGGAUUGGCACAAUAGCAGCGUUAUUUGUGCACCAGAGAGCGUAUCCAACGUUCAAGUGAGCACUUUGUACCUUUCUGGAGACAACUAUCAAUUCAACAUCACUUGGGACAAACCACGAUUCACUCCGGAUAACUACAUUGUUCGAAUAUUUGAUUUAUCUUUAGAUACGAAUACGGAUGAUGAACCUUCACAUUCCUUUAUGCGUAAUGUAAGCGGAGAUGCAACGGCCUUACUGAUAGAUUCACUCGCAAUCCACGGUGCGCGAUAUGAGCUUGUCAUCUCUGCCUACGCGAACAAUCGGUCUUCUCACACAACGAAUAUCAACGAUGCACCGAUCUGGCGUAGCCCAACCGACCACUGGCAUGGAGGAAGGCUGGCCGUUAUCAUCCUAACUCCGGUUCUGACGCUAGGAUUGAUGAAAAUAUUCAUCUCCAUCAUUUGCAAACGUAGAGCCAAGGUGAAACGGUACGAACAAAGAUGCGAAUACUUCAAGGAACUGGAACAGAAAGCACCCAUUGACCCAAGUACCGGGUUUGAAAUCAAGGUGAAGAACAUUCAAGAAAUCGUGCAUCCCGCCACUUUCCCUAGCGAUCUGAUAGCACCCAUUAAUGAUGAAAUGGAAAUUAGCGUCGAUCAAAUCAGGCUGCUGGACUUGGUGGGAGAAGGAGCCUUCGGAAGGGUUCGGAAAGGAAUAUUGCUGCAUCCGGUGGGAACGUACACUGAGGUGGCCGUCAAGAUGUUAAAGGAAUGUCCCAGCCUAGAAGAUGUCAAAGAGUUCAGGCGGGAAAUAGAGGUAAUGAAAUCGGUAGGAGUGCAUCCCAACAUCGUUUGCAUAAUUGGCCACUAUACUCAGAAUGUUAAUGAAAUGAUGCUGCUGACAGAAUACUGCAGUGAAGGCAAUCUGUUGAAUUUUUUGAGGUCGGAGUGGCAUAAAGUAUUGCGAAACAGGGACCGCUCAGCUUCCACUACAAAACAAUCGCUUAAAGCGUUGACCCCAAAAGAUGACGUUUUCGAAGGAUGUCGAUCACCUAGCCUGGAAUGCAACAAAAAGCCUGAAAACGUAUUUAAUUUUGAUGCUCCUUUUAUACACGAUAAGAAGUCUUUCGCCUACAAGAAUAUCUCCGAUCACAAUACACCGGAGCCAACAGAAUCUGCACCGGAGAUGAAAAUAACGGAAAACCGACUAUAUCCUUUGCUGAAUGAUACUUUUGAUAAUAACUUUAGCCUUUGCGCAGAAGUCGAGUCCAACGACCUGAAAGACAAUACAAAAAUAUGCACUAAUUCUUGCAAAUGUAACGUGGAGAUACUGCAAUCAAACAGCAGUGAAGACAUAGAAACGUGGACCAAAAGGACACCCUGCAGCAUCAAAGUUUCCGGAUGCGAGUGUGAUAGCAUAAGUAACGGAAGCGGAGCGCAAUCAAAACAGGACGAAAUAUGUAAUAUGGUUAACAAUCAGUGCUAUUAUAAAGAGCUGUGCAGUGAGAAACGAAAUCAAAGUGAGGAAUACAUCAUUACGAGCAGACAAUUGCUCGAAUUUGCCAAACAAAUCGCCAUUGGAAUGGAAUUUUUGGCCCGCAAUAAAGUGGUUCAUCGGGAUUUAGCGGCUAGAAAUGUUCUGGUUUGCUAUGACAAAGCAGUUAAAAUUUCGGACUUUGGUUUAAGUCGAGACAUAUACCAACAGAACCUGUAUCGCAAAACUGGAACCGGCAAGCUUCCGAUCAAAUGGUUGGCCCUGGAAUCGCUUACGCAUCAAGUUUACACCUCGCAGAGCGAUGUUUGGUCGUACGGUAUUUUGCUGUAUGAAAUCUGUACUCUCGGAGGCAAUCCUUACCCCUUGCUGUCCACGUGUGAUUUAAUCAUGGAAUUGAAAAGAGGCUAUCGCAUGGAGAAGCCGGACAGCUGUAGCAAAGAAUUGUAUGAAUUAAUGCUUUCCUGUUGGAGUGCAUUACCCAUUGACAGACCCACAUUUACAAGCAUACACAACCGAAUGGAGGAACUGAUGUUUCAAAACAUGAAAAAAGAUAUGAUUGAUCUAGAUGCUAUAAUUGACAUUCAAAGUACAAAGACAAGUUCGAGUGAACAUUCAUACUUAAAGCCAGUGGAGUAUUAAGAUUACCUGAACGAUGUGCUAAUUAUCCCAUGACUAUACAUUUUUGACAAAAGUCUUAUGUAAAAGAACAGAAUGAUUGAUUGAACUAUUUUACCAGAUGAUUAUACACUAAAUACAUAUUUUUAAAACAA